AUGCAGGUUGAAGGGCAACAACAAGAAGACUUUAACGCUAUUACGCACAGUCCCUAUUAUGGUUGUACUGUACGAGUUCUAUCAAAAGCUCAUGUUUCCUAUGAAGGUAUACUCGAUGGUAUUAGUGCCAAUAAAGAUCGUAUUUAUCUUAAAAAUGUGCGUGUCAAUGCAAGCAUAACAGAUUCUUUCAAUCGAAAUAGCCCUUCGGAUGAUUCGCAUAAAAAUAUUAGUACUGAUACAUUAAAUGCUGUGAUGAUUGAUCAUUUAACAAAUGAUAUUCAUAUCUACGAACAAGUAUGUUUAAAUGUACGUGAUAUUCAAGAAUUAAAAUUGAUCGAAUUACCUUCAACGUUUCAUGAAUCAAAAGCAAAAUUACGAGCUAUUGAUCCAUGUCUUGUUGAUAUUCGUUUAUCAUCAUCUGAUGAAUAUGAAACAAGAUCAAAUGGUUCAAAUCCUGAUCAUCCACCACGUGCACCUAUAGCACGUCAAAGUCGUGGUGAAUCCUUUGGAAGUAAUGGAGAUAGUGCAUUAAUAUCUUCAGAUUCAAAUGAUUCUUCAGCUUCAUUUCAUUUUCGUCCAAAUGAAAAAUUUCCUGAUGAAAGUAAUGAUGAAUCACUUGAUGAACAAAUUCAUCAACUUAGCCAAUUAAUAACAACAACUAAUAUUAAUUCAAAACCAGUUACAUUACUUGCUAAAAAAGUUUUACCAAAAAAAAUUGAUCGUCGUAGUGAUAUACAAUCGACUUCAUCAAUUAAUACAAAUAAUAAUGUUCGUCAAAUUAUUCUUGAUAAUCAUGAGAUAAUUGAUACAUCAAUACCAAUUAAUAAUCAUAAUACAUUAAAAAAAGAAUCGACAGUUAAUGACAAUCGUAUAUCAUCACCAAUACGUGUAACAAUUACAAGUCAAUUAAAUCCAAAUGCUACACCAUUUUUUACUCAACAACGACAUACACCUGGAAUACAAAAUUCAUCAUUUACAUUUUAUGAACGACCUCGUUUUCGACCACGUUUACAACCUGUUACUUCACCAGAUCGUUCACAAUCAUUACCAUAUGGAAUAAAUGCAAUCGAUAAUAAUAAUAAUCAUCAUCAUCAACAACAACAACAACAACAACAAAAUUAUAAUCAUUCAAAUCAAAGAUAUGUUUCACAAAGACAACUGACUGGUAAAAAAAAUUAUACACAAACAAAUCCACCACGAACAACAAAAACAAGACCUAUUCGAACACCACCACCUACGGCAAAAUAUCGUAUUCAUGCAUCAACAUCUAUGGAUAAACGUUUUUUUUCUCAACCACAGUAUAAAGACAAAACACAAAAUAAUCCUCAAUAUAGACAGAUUCCAGGUCAAACAUCAGUACCAACAUCAAGUCCACCAAUAUUAACACCACCAAUACCAAAUAGACCAUUGAUAUCACGAAAUAAUCCUUCACGUCGAUCAACAGCUAGUGUGCGUUCAACUUUAAGUUUACCUUAUCAAUAUGGAUGUUCAAGUGAUCGUAAUCAAAUGCAAACACCAGUAUCAUUUCAAGAAUCAAUAGGUUCACAUCGCAAUCAACGUACAGUUUCAGGUGCAAGUAGUUGUAGUAGUGUAAGUGUUGAUAUUGGUCCUCAUUCAAUUAUUCAAUUCGAUUCAUCAUCAAAUAUAUUUCCAUCAUUUGAUGAACAAUAUGAUUUUGAAAAAGCUAAUGAAGAAUUUCGUCGAUAUCUUGAACUAGAGGAAUUAGUUAAACGUCGUUCAUCACUUCAAGGAUCACCUUCUGAUGAAAAUACAAUACAACAACAACAACAACAACAACAACAACCACAAUCAUAUAAAAAAGAUAUUUCAUUUUUUGAUCAUAUAUCAUGUACGGCAACAACUGGUACAGCAGUAGGUUAUACAGAAAUGGAUGAAACAGAAAAAAACCUUGAAACAUUUGGUAAUGAUGCUCUUUUAAUGGCUUCGAGUCUCAAUGAUAAUGAAUGGCAAAUAUAA